UUGCACGACCGCGACGGCUCCCCUCUGUUAGCUGUUUAUAUUCUCUCUCAUGACCGCUUACAGUCGUCUAUUUCUUACAAUAUCAUGCAACCGGAUCUUUCAAUAAUCUCUCGUAUCUAUAUAAUUCAAGUAGCUAUAUAUGCAAAAUUUCAUUGAUGCCGACGUGCAUGGCGGUGCAAGCAUGUUGCGGAGGAAAGGACAAGCAUUUUUACAUCACGAUGGCGGACGCGUGGGGGGAGAGGGAGAGUGAGAGGGAAAGACAGGGAAGGAUGCCGGAUGCCGGUUCCUAUAUUGAUUCCUCUGACACGCGCGGCAUACAUAUGUUUUUGACGUUCAUGCAUCCGCUCCAGCGGAGAAGCGGAGCGAUUUUGGAGCGCGUUAAGUUCCGUAUGAUGGCUUGAAAGGCGGUCCGACCGUUUCUCGGUGCGCAAUCACAAAUCAACGGACGUUCCAUCGGCGUGCCGUUCCUGCUUGUCAUCGAAUCCCUCGGCGAAGCAGAUAUGUUGACGCGAAGUGUCAUAGGUUAAGGAAAGAUCCACGGAUAAGAUCCGUCCGACCAAUAUUCCGUUGAAUGAGACGACGCUACGUUCGUGCAAAAAUGGAUAACGUGGCUACUGCCGAGUGCCUGACCCUAGAUUUUGGCCCGUUCGAGACGGUGCACCGAUGGCAACGUAUGCCGGAAUGCGACGAGUUUGUCGGCGCCAGACGUAGCAAACAUACUAUCGUGGCAUACAAGGAUGCGAUUUAUGUUUUUGGUGGCGACAAUGGUAAGAGAAUGCUGAACGAUUUGUUGCGCUUUGACGUGAAAGAAAAGUCUUGGGGUAGAGCAUUUGCAACUGGCACUCCGCCUGCACCACGCUAUCAUCAUUCUGCGGUUAUCCAUGGUUCAUCGAUGUUUGUGUUCGGCGGAUACACCGGGGACAUACAUUCUAAUUCCAAUCUUAGUAAUAAGAACGAUCUAUUUGAAUAUCGCUUCCAGACCGGCCAGUGGACAGAGUGGAGAUUUGUUGGAGUGACUCCAGUACCUAGAUCUGCUCAUGGCACUGCUGUAUAUGACAAUAAAUUAUGGAUCUUCGCAGGCUAUGAUGGCAAUGCUAGAUUGAAUGAUAUGUGGACAAUAUCACUAUUGCCUGGUGAUUACAAAACAUGGGAGGAAGUUGUUCAGAUCGGUGAGCGUCCACCGACAUGCUGCAAUUUUCCUGUCGCGGUAGCCCGGGAAUCUAUGUUUGUUUUUAGCGGUCAGAGCGGGGCUAGAACAACCAACAGUCUCUUUCAGUUUCAUUUCAAGGAAAGACGAUGGACACGCAUAUCAACAGAACAUAUAUUACGUGGCGCACCACCGCCACCCGCACGACGAUACGGUCACACAAUGGUCAGUUUUGAUCGUCAUCUUUAUGUUUUUGGUGGUGCAGCUGAUUCGGCUCUAUCCAAUGAUCUCCAUUGUUAUGAUCUCGACACGCAAACAUGGAACAUUAUCCUACCAUCUACGGAUAGUCAGGUACCGCCUGGUCGACUUUUUCACGCAGCUGCCGUAAUCGGAGACGCGAUGUUCAUUUUUGGGGGAACUAUAGACAACAACAUACGCUCUGCUGAGAUAAUUCAUAGUGGGCGAGUCGGAGACCAAAAUACCGGCGCAUAUAGCUAUGGUGGCGGCGCGCUCACAAUUUCUCCGGACACGUAUUCGGCAAGCACGCGAAAAACGCGAUAAUCAUUUGGACAUUUUGGAGACAUUUGUUAUUC